UCGAAACCAUUUGCAUCGACUCGUAGUAAACCACAUUCCCACUGGUUAGUUGCUAUUGACGAUGGGCAAAUGUUUAUCAGACACGCACACGUAGUGUGAAAAGGGACAAAGUGUAGGAAUUGACGUCGCUCACCAACACCGAAACUCGAACAAACUCGUACGUAUAUUUCUGAUCACAAAAGUCUAUGCGGUUGCAUCGAGUGCCUUCAAAGUAAAUCAGACAUUCAAGUGAGUGAGACGCAGAUUUGGGGUAUUUUCCGUAAUACGGAAAAGUAUCGUGACAAGCAAAGCUUUUAUUUUCCAUUUCGAAUUUGUUCCGGCUCAUAAGCUGAUUUUGUCGAGUUUAGAAAAUUCACAAAAUCGUGGUAAAGAGUCAAGAUGAAAUUCAUUCUACUGUCCGUCGCUUUUUUGGCCACCCUGGGCCUGAUUAGUGGCAAUGAUAUCAACGGAAAAGAUGUAUCCGAGUUCACCUCAUUGUUCUCUGGCGUUAGCCAUGCCAAGGCAAACCUGCAAACGUUUACCAAUCAACAGCUGGAAAAGUCCUUCGAUUUCCUGCUGCUUUCGUUCACCUUCGACAAAUAUGAGCUGGAUCGGCCUGGUCUGGAGAAAUUGUACCGCAAAAUCUCCGACAAGGCCUGGGAGGACACUGUCGGUUUGGUUAAGUACCAGAGCAAGCGUGGUUUGACGGUUGAGCUGAACGGAGUCCACAAUGACAGUCGUGUUGUUGGUCGAUUGAACGAAGGCAAGGUCGGCAAAGCUAGUUUGCUUGACAGUGAUGAGCUAUCCUCUCUGAAACUGGCUCUAGGCUACGAAAAAAUUCUGGCCACCGAGAGCCAUCGCAUCCACCAAUCGAUCUCUCAUGCCCACGGUGAUGGCUCUGCUUACGAUCCGGAUGUGGCCCACUAUCUGGAUGAGGAAAUUAUCGAAUACCAGAGUGGCAUCGUACGCAAGUUAACCGGAUACAUUCACAAUCUGCAUAGCAUCAUCGAAGAGGCCAACACUAAGGACAUGGGAAUACACCUGUUCGAUCAGUACCUUGAGAAGGCGGAGUAGGAGAGAAACCGUUUCAACAACAAUAAACAAGCUCUAGUUAUUAUCGAAAUUCGUCUUUGUAUUUGUUUGUGAUUAUCAAGGCAAUGUUCGCAAGUCACUUUUCGACAUUGAAUAAUAAACUGAGUUAAGAGAUAACUUCAUCUUUA